UUUCUUGUUCUGAUCAAAUCUUUCAAAUAAAUGGGGUUAUAUUCGUAUACAGCAUUUAUCUGUAAAAUGCGUUCACCAUGUUUAUGGAUUACGAGGAAUUCGCUAGCCUUCAAUUAGACAAGCCUGUGCCUGAUCUGAGAGUACGUAAUAUCACGCGUGAACGCGAUUUUCUAUGAACGAUCGACUCAUACUAUAAAUGUACGUUCCUAGAAUGAAGAGCAAUUAAAGAAGCACAGUUUAGAUCCUAAUUUGGAAAAAAGGCCUAUAGACAGAGCGCUUCAUCUUUUGGCGUAAGUGGAACUUAAAUAUACAUAUGAUAAUAAACCCGACUCGAUAACGAGUCACUUUCGCCGAAAAUGAAAACCGCGUCUUCCGUAUUACCAGGACACGCCUCUUUACAGAGAAGCGGCAUAUCCUUGGGGCAUGGUUAAUAAUAGUAAUUUUGCGCAUAGCGCUUCGACAAAUCACUGUACAAAACCUUGAAUUAAAUCACGUAAUCCCGUAUGAUUAUCGUAUCAAGGCUGCCACAGUAUCAUUAAUUAAUUUUAUAAAAUCUAGAUAGUGGUCUAUAGCAGAAGCACAGAUUGCACUUGCCGUACAGAUGAUACACAUCGAUGUUGUUACUUGGUUCAAUCUCAGAGUAAUAUUUAUUUCAGUUAUAAAACGAUAAUAAAUCUGUUAAAUAAUACAUAUUACGUGACAGUAGAUAAAAAUGUUUAUAUUUGGAUCUCGACGAUAUGAUCGAAUUAUACAAGUAAUUCGUGUCAUACUCGUUGCGUAACGAGCUAUAAAAAAAUAUCGCCGUUUUAAGCAGUGUUCUUUUUUAGAAACGCGAAACCGACGUACCUUAAAGCGAGAUGCAUCAUCGCAUGGGAAUCGCAAAAUAACUACAUCGAAUUGUCGAUUACACAACAUCGACUUACGAUCAACGCAUCCCGGUCUAUUGUAUUACGCGUUACGCGCAACGCAGCAUUACGUGUUUUUCAUUAGUGGCGUACGUAGGCCGCAUUCGGUCGGUUCCGGCAGAACUCGGUCUUGCUCGCUGUCUCGUAGGACAAGUCACAUAUAAUCGAUACCUUGGAGUCAGAGCCCAGUUUAGUUGUCAUCUACGUUCGGUCGUGUUGUUUUUAUUGCGUCAAGUGCGUCAUGAGAGUGCGUACGCGUGUAUCGUCGUUCACGUAAAGAAAUUAAUAUAUCGGUCCUCGCUGCUUUCUCGUGCGAUCGUUGAAUAAAAUGCGCUUUGAAAAUGUUGCAAGAGGAAGCUCUGUACAAGAGCACAUCUCCACGGAAAGGCGAUGAAAUUCAAAAACUCAAUUUUAUACAAACAUUACCAAGCCUCUUAGCCACAGACUCAGAAUCAUGUAUAACACGCGUGAUACCAAAAGUGCAGCAGUCACUGGCUACAGCAUCCACGGAAUUCCAUAUUGCAGCUUCAACAACAUUCAAAACGAUUCUAGAGCAGAAACUUGUGAACCAUAAUGUCUUCAGUCGAACAUUCCUUCAAAGUAUCUUAGAUUCCCUUGAAAAGCGUGAUCCAGUUAUCUGUCAUGCAUGGCUGGAGACCUUACUGGAUGUGAUAGAGUUACUGCCGGUAGAAGUCAUAAGAAAGCAGAUUCUGCCAUUGACUGUAAGCAAAGGGCAAUUGUCACAACCUAUCCACUCCAGGAUAAUAUGCAGCAAGAUAUUAGGAAAGAUUUGUACAAGAUUUGAAUCUGCUCUGAUACAGAAGGAAGUUCUACCAAUGGUACACUCCCUCUGUCAGGAUGUAAAUAGUGAAGUACGAGCUAGUAUCUGCUUGCAGCUACGUUUUGUUGCUGAAGGCCUUGGUGCUGAGUCUGUAAAAUCUGCUUUGCUACCAUCUUUCGUAGAAUUAGCAAGUGAUGAAGAAAGCAAUGUAAGAUGCGCCUCUGUACAAACAAUAGCGUAUUUGCUACCUCAUCUUCAGGAAGAUACAAUAAAAACUACCAUAGUGCCACUUGUUAAGAAAUUAUGUGAAAAUACACAAUCUGUACAGUCAGACGAUAACGUGAUAUGCGUCAUUGCCCAAGAAUUUGGAAAAAUUGUACUCGGCCUAGAAACAUGCUUAUUACCUACGGAAAAAACAUGGUUCGUAAAAUAUUUUCAACAACUUGCACAAAUGGGUAUUGUCUUAAUGAAAAAAGAAUCCAAGCCUCAUCUUCCAUUUAUGAAUAUUAAUUUUGACGAAGAUGAAAAAUAUGUAGAAUGCAGAAGGUGUUGCGCGUUUAAUUUGCCAGCAAUGUUCAUCUUUGUAUCAAAUUCCGUGGAUGAUACAGAUGCAUUACUUCUUACAUUCACUGCAUUGGCGAGUGAUCACUAUUAUUUGGUUCGGAGAACUGUAGCGUGUGGAAUCCAUGAAGUGGCCAAGGUGUUAGGUCCAAAAAGUGGACGGAUAAAAACAGAUCUAAUAAAAUUAUUGAAAGAUAACUCUGAAGAAGUUUUACAAGGUUUAAUUCCUCAUAUAGGAUUAACGCUUGAUUGCUUGGCUGAAAGUCAAAUUAUUGGAGUAGAUAAAAUGGAUUCCACUGUUAUGGAAAUUGGUAGAGCUCUAUUGAAAUGUGAGUCGGAAAUAGCAGCUACACAUAAUUGGAGAUUAGUGUCUUCAAUGCAUUCACAACUUGAGAUAUUGCCCAAAUACUUCCCAAGUGACUUUAUAUAUUCAUAUUUUGUGCCAAUGGCCUUUUUUAGAAUAUUACACGCUAGGCCAAUACCCGUUCGACUCUCCGCAGGAACUCUAUAUCUUUUCCUUUUACGUUAUAACAUGAAACCUAUGCAAAGGGUAGAACUUCGUAGCAAAUUGUAUUCAGAUUUAGCUAGUAAUCCGAAUUGUUAUGUGAGAAUGAUGUUCGUUCGUAUGAUGAUAGAGGCUUUGGAAAUUUUUUCUUCUGCAUAUUUCAAGGAACAUUUUUUUACUGCUUUAUUGAACUUGGCAGAAGAUCCCGUAGCUAACAUAAGAAUGAAAGUAAUUUCUCUGUUGCCUCAGUUAAAAAGUAUGCUGCGGAUGCCGGCCGAUAAAAAAUUAUUAACUUUGUUAGAAUCAACUAUAACGCAUUUAAUAAAUAGCGAAAAGGAUAGAGAUGUACUAGCCGAGUUGUCAUCCGUUAUAAAAAAAUUGGAUGAUAUAUCGCUUAAAUACGAAGGUCGAGCUGCAUCUGGAGCAGUUUCAAAACAGGGCACUGAAGAUAUUAGAAAGUUAGAGGAAGAGAAAAGAUUAUCAGGAAUGGCAAAUGGGAAAUCUCCAGGCGGAGGUGCUACAAUAAAGAAAGGGGGGUGGCGUCAUGCGACUGCCGAUUCCUCGUCAAAAACGAUGCCGCAAACAUCAUCGAAAGAUAGCAUAGGCUCACCUCGCCAAUCAAGCGACGGAUCAAAAGCGAGAAUUCAACUAACACAUCCUUGGGAAAGAAUAGGGCAUACCAACUCAAACAUUAGUACAACCCAUACUAACUUUGACAAUGGAUCGUGCAGUGAUUAUCUAAUGCAAAAGGCUCAGCAGAGUCGAUCGAAAUUAGCAUUGCCAUUUAUAUUGUGGCCGGAAACGUGCGAAUGCGACUAUGCGGAAGAAUACGCUUUCCAUUCUUGUCCCUCGUCCGAUUACGCGAGGUCUGUCUUCUUGGCGAUCAUGAGAGAGAAUCGGCGAAGAUCGCAGCAAAAUUUCCUACUAACCCGAGACUAUGCCCGCGAGUUUUCCACUAACAUUGCCAGCAAGGACACUGCCACUGUAAGAACGCUUGCAGCUCACUAUAACUCUUGUUGGCCUUGUAGCUCUAUGCCGGAGAUACCGGUAAUGCUGUCGGAUGACGAAUUCCUGGUAGACGCUGGUAUCAGGAUACCGGUACAGUUCUCUCAAAGCACCUCUAAGAUACCGCAUCUGCAAGAUUCCAUGUUUGGCAAGAGAAGAACUUCGUUCAACGUGAAUCAUGCUCGGCCUACCAGUAUGAAUUUCGACAAGGGAAAGCCUAAGAGAAACUCUUCCGUUGAAUACGAAGAUUGCAUGAAACGAAGAACGAAUGCCGAUCAGUCAGACGAUGUCAGAACUUCCAUCGAUUGCGAGGACGGAUUGAGACUGGUAAAAGAAAAUCAACAGCUGGGUAAGAAGGAUCCUGUAUACGUUGGCCCUUUGAUGAGAUCUAGAUUUGGAUUCGGUGUGAAUCAGGAGAGAACGAUGGACGACAAGAUGAAACGACGAAAUUCGUUAAUAAUGGAUAAAGACAAGCCGAAGGUUGUGCAGUCAAAGUGCACGUUGGACAGAACUAAAAGGAACUCGGUCAAUUUCGACAAGGGAAAGCCCAAGAGAAAUCUCUCCGCCGAGUACGAGGAUGGUAUAAAACGGAGAACCAACGGAACUAAUCAAGCGAAAGGUAUAAGAUUACGAUCGAUCGAUUACGAGGAUGGUUUGAGUCUAGUGAAGGAGAAUCAACAGCUCGACAAGAAGGAUCCAUUAUAUCUUGGGCCUCUGAUGAGAUCUAGGUUCGGGUUCAGCGUAAAUCAGGAUAGGUCGAUGGACGAUAAAAUGAAACGGCGGAACUCACUGAUAAUGGAUAAAGACAAGCCUAAAAUCAUACAGUCAAAGUGUAUGCUGGACAGGACUAAACGACACUCUGCGAAUUUUAGUUUAAAGAUGCUGGAUACGAAAGAGACUAAGCCUAUCUUGAAGGCUCAGCAUAGCUUAGACGUGGCCGACUAUACAUCUUCGGAACGUUUAAGCCGGGCUCUGAGACGAUAUUCGACCUUAGACGUGAAUCAUAAUCAGGGACAUAGUAAAAUACCCUUAAGAAAUUUUGUACGUCGUAGUAGAACCGCACCAGCUACCAGGGCUUCCAGCCCCGUAGGUUCGCAAUUAAGGUACGAGGAGAUCGACAAGCUGUGCCGAAAGUUCGAGGAGUACCAAUUGUAUUAGUGUAAUUACACAGAACGCAUUUAAGGUAUCGAGAAAUUAAAAUCUCCAUGUAAAAGGAGGGGGGGCGGGGGGGAAGAAAAUAACUGUAUGUGCUGGUUCGCAUAUUAUAAUUGCAAACAUGUUGUGUAUCGGAAAGAUAGAAAGUUUCGUGGGAUACUUUUUAUUUUGUGCAUUUUGAUCUUUUAGAAAAUCUGAAGUUCACAAAGUCUACGUUUUCCUUUAACGAAAUAACGGCGUAUUUAGAAACUGUUACGAGGUUGUCUCGACUAGUUUCGUUUCGUCCGUAGUUGACGAUCGUUUUUUUUUUUUUCACACGGCCUUAUACAUUUCUCACUUUUUAUUAACGAGUUUAACGAUUAAUUUUUCUAUUCGUGUGCAAUUGGUAAAAGGUAAAGAGGCCAAGGGAUAGAACUGUUGCGAUAUCUCAUUUAUUACCAUUAACGCGUGCUUUACACAAGAUAGUUUUUUAGUUAGUUUAUCUUGUCCAAAGUAUUUCCAUGUUAAAUUAUAGAAGAAAAAGUUUAUCUUUCGAUAUAUCGUUUGGAAAGAAUUCAUCGCGUGUUUUAGCGUUUGUACAAGUUUGUACAAGACACGCAUGCUUGAGUUGGAAGACUGUUUUAUUAGACGAUGCCGUAUCGCAGUUCGUAAGAGUAAAAAAUAAGACUAUUUUGCACUUUAAUUUUAUAGCUGCAUAUCUAAUACGUACUGCUCUAUCAAAGUUUACUCGCUAAUUGAAUAUAUUCUAAUAGAUUAUUGCAUUUAGGAAACUAUACAAAAGAGUUAACGAAAGAUAGAGUUUAAUUAACUUAGUAGCCAAUUGUAGGUCUAGUCUUGAAUAGUUAUAAAAAGCAGCUCUCGUUUUCCAACGUCCGUGAAAUGGCGUUUUUUAAACGUUCGAUACGAUUUUUAUAUUUCGCUUUUUUUCCGUUAUCGUUAUCUUCCUUUCAACGAAUUCAUUUAACGAAGGUAGAUAAGUUUUUACUAGGAUCUUUUACCGCAAUUUUUAUGACCUUUAUUGAUAUAGCAUGAAUUUACAGAGAACCAGCUUGGUACAGUAUACAUAGAUGCGCGUAUGUAUUAUACGUUAUUUGUAACAGACAGCGUUAUACUAAUUUAAUCGUUUUCCAUUGUUGUAUCGCGUUGCGUAGAGACCGUUGUAUACUAGUUAUCGUAAUUUUCGAUUUAUUUACAAACAUCGACACGAACGAUUAAUUUUUAUUCGAAGAAGGAGUGAACUGACGAGAAACGAAAAAAAAAAAAACAAAAACAAAAAAACAAAAUCUUUUUGAGCGCAACUUUAGGGACUCUCGAUUCCCCGAUUCCCUCUAAACACGUUGAACGAUUAUAAUUAUUCUCUUAUAUAGCGGACUGGAGUUACUGUUGUGUCUUAAAACGAGAAAUAUCUACGAAAAUAUCAUACAGUCUUACAGAGAAAAAUCACGCAUAUAUUAAUAUAUAUAUAUAUGUAUAUAGACUGACCAAGACAAUUUAGCGAAUGUCUAAUUAAUAAAGUAGCAUCGAGGGAGGGAAGAGAAGUUAAUAAAUUUAUCAUGGAACGAAAUAACGACAAGAGGUGUACAACUGUACAGCAUAGGAAGGGCACGUAUAAUAUCUUCGCAGAAUAUUUUCAUUGAGCUUUUAAUAAAUGUAUUUUGGGAUGAAGGACGAAAAGAAUUGAAAUGAAGGAUAAUAAGACGCUUCGAAGCCAAAGAUGUUAUCUAAACGAUACGAUUAAGUAUCAACGUACAAACCCUUAAAGGCAUUAUGUACUUGUAUCAUGUACAUAUACUAUGUAAGCUUGACAGUGCAAGUGCCAUUGAAUAGACGCUGGAGACUUCAACGCCUGAAAAGAGGGUGACCGUACCGUCGAACGAUGAAUUUACGGUGAAACUUGGAAAAAUAACGCCCAAAAUACAUGUAUCGUGCAACUAAUACGAUAUUCACGUCCGAUAUUUAAUAUCACGGUCUCGAUACGUUGCUCGAAUAAAGAAAGAUUAUAGUAGUUACAUAGUAGACUUAUAUAAAAAUAUUGUUCAAGAAUCGAGGCAUCGACUAAUUCUUCUUAUACGUAUUAAUAGCUCGUUCGUUACGCUCGAUGCUUGUCCGUUUAGUUUCGACCUCUCGUCAUCUUUCGUUCGUUUCUCCGAUCGUAUUUCCGAGGAUAACAACUCGAUUUUAUAUAGAACGUUUUUGAAUAAUCGCUAGUCAAUCCGUUUUUCGCGAGAUUCGCCUGUAUAGCAGUUAAUCGUUAUUUGAUUUUACCGUCGAUUUUACGAGCAGGAUGAUAUAGUUUUUUUUUUCUUCUACAAGCUACCGAACAUCGAGAAUAGAUCACACUCUUUACGCUUAGGGACUAGAAAGAGACGCAAUUUACCGAUCGAUUGUUGCCGCGUAACGAUAUUAAUUAUUUUGUUAUAAUUGUAAGAUCGUACGGCUACCGACUUAUAUAUGUAUAAUAACAUAGCGAAGCUUGUUGUAUUAUUUUUAUAGGAAACUUUAGGGUAGCGUCAGCCGUACGAUUUCGCGAGGUCUAAUGACAAACACGGAUCCAAUGAUACUCGUAUCUAUCGAGUACAGACAUUUCUCGAUAGAAAUUUCUAUCCUUCUACGACGCGUUGAGUUUAUAGAAAGAGCGUGUGUGUGUGUGUGUGCGCGCGUGUUUCGCAUAAUCGUACGGUUGUUGGUUAACCAUGCGACGAAAAAAAAAACUUCUUUUUUAUAGGAAAUCUUAGAAUAUACUAUAUAUAUAUACACACACGCUAAGUAUACAUGAUUUAAGAAAAAUUGAACAAAUUGUUAAAUGUGCAACUAUAGGAUCAGCCGUAGCGCGGGGAGGCGCAGUUUGAAGAAAAGCAAGCGAAAGUAGAAAACGAAGAAGGUUUACUCGGGCAUGUUUAGAAGGAUAACUAGGAAAACGCAGGGAGAAAGUAAAGUUUCUCGAACGUCGAAUUUUCGCCAAGAAAUAAUCGCUUAAAAUGCUGCUCCUUAUUUUUGUACAGAUCUCUUACCGUGUACGUUAAUAUUAACUUUUGUGCCAGAAAGUAAAAAAAAAAAAAAUACGCAGUAUAUUAUAUAUAAGAAGUACACACACUCGUGCUACGCUCGUUUUACGUAAUUGUUAUCUUACGUAUUCGUUUCUUUAUAUACGUAGAGGGAAAGGAUAAAAAAAAAAGAAAAGGGAAGAAAUGAGAAAGAAAGAGACGAGCGCUUUUAUCGCUGACACUGUUAUAUAUAUUAUACAUAUUGUUACGUAUAUCGCGUACGUAAACGUCGUAAAUCGAGAAUACUCUCGAGAGAUAGAAUCUUUUCGAUUCUGGAUAAACGUCGGUCGUCGACCGUAUUAAAAAACGAACAACGGCGUGGUGAUUAUCGAACGAAAAAGAAAGAAAGAAGAGAAGCACGUCGUGCGUCAAUUGAAUUUAUCGCGUUAGAAACUGUUAGGGAAAAAAAAGAUCGAACGCUAUGGCCUGCGUGUUUCUUUCGGGAAGGAGUAAUCUGUGAUGACAAACAAAAAAAAUAAAGUAACAUAAAAUAAAGAUACAUAUUUAAACGCGAGAACAAAGAGGAAACAAAUAAAUAACGCGAAGAGUCGUUCACGUCGCGCAUGAUGAACGAUGAAAUUCGUCGAACGAUAUUUUUAUUACUCGUAACUGCUCCCGUAAAGAAUAAGGAAUGUUACAAACAGAGAGAAGUGUAUUUUUGUGAGGUAUACCUGUAAGAAACAAAACAAAAAUCUAGUUAAAUGUGAAGAGACUAAAGAACAACGCGAUCGUAGAUUAUAUUGGCUCUGUCGAUAUUAUACAUCUGUUUUAAUAUACGUUACGAACAAUAAAUCGAACCUUUUUUGUUACACAA